AUGCCCUCCAACUAUCCACCAGUGGACCCAGAUUGGCCGCCUGGAACUGUGCAACUUGAAGAUCUUUCCCGGCCGGGUGAAGCAUCGGAAGUCAUUCUAGAGCCGAAGCCCUCUAGAGAUCCAAAUGAUCCCUUGAACUGGCCAACGUGGCGGAAACAUCUGAAUUUUGCAUUUGUUUCUUACUAUGUCGUAAUGGUUCUUGCUUUAAUUGAUAUUGCUACUGUGACCUGGGGCCCCGUGAAUGCGGAACUGGGCUUCAGCUUUGCACUGUUGAACGACAGUUACGCUGCGGGCUGCGGAGCUCUUUGCAUUGGUGGCCUCAUUUUAGUGCCUUUUGCACUAAAGUUUGGUCGCCGCCCGAUUUACGUGUUCAGUACCAUUGUCCAAUGUGGUAUAAGCGUUUGGACAGCCAAAAUGCAAACCGUUGCCGAUCUUAUGCUGGUCAACGUAUUGAGCUGUAUUGUUGGAGCAUUGGCAGAAGUGUUGGUGCAGAUGACUGUGGCAGAUGUCUACUUUGUUCAUCAACGCGGAUUCAUGAAUACCAUCUACUAUUGGUUCAUGACUAUUGGAACUACACUGGCCCCCUUGGCGGGUGGCUAUAUCACACUUUCCCAAGGCUGGCGCUGGGUUUGGUGGUGGAUGGCCAUUCUCUUUGGGGCCGGACUCGUUGCAUUUGUGUUAUUUUAUGAAGAGACAAUGUUUUGCCCGUCGACUAUUGACGGGGUCCCAGUUGAGGACAAGACCGCUCCCAACAUCUCUACCAGCAAACACGACCCCGAGAUAUCUGCAGCAAAGCAGCUCGUUAUGGCCCAAGCAGAGCAGCAACACUCGACUGCGGUCGAUAUUGAUUAUUCAAUUCCAGAAAAAAGCUACUGGCAGAAGUUAGCACUUUGGUCUUCUGCCCCAAUCUCAUUUGCCGAACUUACAAGGCAUAGCUAUGAGCCAUUUGUGAUUUUGUUCGGAAUUCCGGCUGUCUUCUUUAUGGCUCUGGAAUAUGGGAUCAUGACGGCCUGCACUACGGUCCCUGUGACGACUUUAUCAUCAGUCAUGACACUACCACCGUACAAUUUUGGGGCAGCACAGAUUGGAUUAAUGGGAAUCCCGCCCUUCAUUGGUGUCAGUCUGGCCACUAUUGCUUGUGGCCCUAUGAGCGACUCGAUUGUUCUUUUCCUCGCAAAGAGGAAUCGAGGUGUCUUUGAGCCCGAGAUGCGACUUUGGUUGAGUGUGGCAUUCAUCCCCUUUGUGCCCGCAGGCCUUUUCAUGUUUGGGAUUGGGUUGAAUAAUGGGUCUCAUUGGCUUCUUCCCGCCUUUGGCUUGGGGAUCAGUUCCUUUGGGGUUGUUCCAGCUAGCAGUGCUGCAUUGACGUACCUGACUGAUGCAUAUACAGAUAUUAUUGCCGACUCACUCGUCGGCGUUACCUUUGUUCGCAAUCUAAUCUCGACUGUGUUUGUUUUUGCUUUGCAGCCCUGGUGUGACCGUGUUGGUCUGAGCUGGUUUUACGUAACAUUCGGCCUCAUUGUCACUGCUAUAAUGAUGGGCAACUUGAUAUUUAUCUAUUUUGGGAAAAGGUUUCGCGUCAAGGUUGCAGCGAAAUAUCUUCGCUACAGUGCAAAGAAACACCAGGGGUCUAUGACAGUCUAA